UAAUUUCCAGCCAGUCUCGGUCGGAACGCGUCGCGGAACGGGGCCCGGUAAAGUUUCCUUUUUCGUUGAGUGAAAGUGAAGAACAGCCUUACUCUGGGUGAUUUGCUGUGUUGAGAGGUGGUUCUACGAGCCUCAAGGAAAUCGAAGGAGGCCGGCAAGUGUGCAACGACUGUUUUUUUAUUUGGGGGUGGAAAAGCUUCUUCAGUGAACAAGUUGUAGUUGGCCAUGUGAUUUGAAUUAUUCUAAAAGGAAAAAAAAAGAUACACGUUAAAGCAAAAAACAGUAAAAUUAGUGCAAUUUUUACCCACCAAGUACAUCGAUUUAAAGUGGGAGGAAGAGUUCCAAAAGGAAUAAGGAAGUUCAAGUGCAGCAAAAAAAAAACAAAAAAAAAGGAUGGGAACCGUGGGAAAGCUGGAGCACCAGGCUUCGACGCGGAAAAUGCUGAGCCAGCAAAGCAGCAGCGAUUCGGUGGAGCGCCAGAAACGGUGCGGGGCCUGGGCGGAAAAGUGGAUCGCCGUGAUGUACACCGUCGUUGCUUCCCUGGGUUACGUCUCGGUCGGCACGAUGGUCGCGUGGAGCUGCAACGCCUUCUCGAAGCUGCACGAUUCCGACGCGCAACGGUUCGGCCAGCUGGAGCUCACAGACGUGGAGGAGCUGACGCAGAACCAGAAAACGUCGCUGGCCGCCACGCCGGCCCUGGCCGCGGCCGUCACGUCCGUCGUGACGUACAAGCUGUUCUACCGCGUCGGCACGAAGCUGUUUAUGCUGAGCGCGGCCACGCUCAUGAUUGGGGCGAACUUUUUGCUGACGUUCGGCUCCUCCUUCUGGUUCUUCAGCGUGGGGCGCAUCCUGGCAGGGAUCGGUGCCGGUAUCACGGUCACCCUGGUGCCCCCGUACGUGGACGAAUUCGGCUCGAAGCAGUACAAACCGCUGCUGGACAGCAUCCUGUACGUGCAGUUCGCGCUCGGUAUCCUGGUGCAGCUGAUGUCAGACCUCCUCCCGUUCACGGAGCUGGCCAGCGUCGUCGGGACGACCUUCCCGAUCUUCCUGUUCAUCGGCUUUCUCUUCCUGCCGGAAUCGGCCCGCUACCUGUGCGGAACGCAGCAGGUGAACCGCGCCCGCAGCGUCCUCAAGCGGACGCACGUGGCGAACGACGCGCUGGCCGCGCAGAUCAUGGAGAACAGCCUGGCCCAGUGGCAGCAGCCGGCGGUGGUCGGCUGUAAGCUGGUCAGCGGACUGCGGAAGGCGCAGAACCCGCGGCUAGUGGCGCCGGUGCUGAUGCUGGUCGUGUUCCAGCAGUUUGUCGGGGGUCUGCCGAUGAUGUUUUAUUUGAGUCGGAUUUUCACGCUGACCGAUGGGCAGUACACGCCGGAGUGGACCGCGAUCUACGUGGCGGCCAUCUUUGCUGCGGCGAUUCCGGCUUGGAGGUUGGUGAACUUGAAGAUUGGAGACUACAAGCUGCUGGUUUGGAGUGGGCUGGUCAUGGCGGGGUCCAUGGCGGUUCUUGGAUGGCACUGUCACCGGCAGGCCAUUGAAGGUCACUCGGAUGAGUAUGGGCACGUGCCGCUGGUCUGCUACGGGUUGUACAUCUUCCUGUACGCUAUUGGGUUCCAGCGACUUCCGUGGAAGUGGUUGGACGAUGGAGUCGAGGAUGAACGUGCCUUCCCCGUCCGCACCGUGGCCACCUGCAUCAGUUGGACCUCACUCUACCUCUGCGUCCGGAUUCUGCCCUUCCUGAUUGGCCUAAUUGGCGUCGGGUGGGUCUUCUGGAACAUUACAAUCGUGCUUGUUUUUGCCGUCCUGUUUGUCCUGCUGACCGUGCCCAACCUAGAUCAAAGCGACAUCCAGAGCAAAACCCUGGCCAACUGCAGCAGCUCCAGCUCCUCCGUGUCCAACAUGCAAAUCGUCAUGGAGGACGUGGUGUAGGACGCUUCCGGCAAACUAAAACGAGCCACAAGACUGACCUUCGCCAUCAUCCGUCAGCGCUUUUCAACUCGGAGCGGCUAACGAUGCUGAUUGGAUUAUAUAUUUUUAAGACCAUUUGCUUUCUACUUAAAUUAUACUUCACCGAAGGGAGGGACGAACGUAGGAUUAAAUCGCGACAUCUACUGGUACUUUUUAGCAUAGUUUAAGUUAGGUUAAAAACAUAACAAUUCGUGCAUUUCAAAAUACCAAAUAAACCAAAACAAAUCAAA